UUUCACGACCCGGCCCCAGGGUUAUGGCCGGGAGUGGGCGGCUGGCGCUGGGGACGCUGCAGGUACCCGGCUGGGUGCGAGGAUCGAGCCCAGCCGUACUGAGCCGCCUUCGGGACGCGGCCGUGGUGCGUCCGGGUUUCCUAAGCGCGGCCGAGGAGGAGACGCUGAGCCGUGAGCUGGAGCCCGAGCUGCGCCGCCGCCGCUACGAAUACGAUCACUGGGACGCGGCCAUCCACGGUUUCCGAGAGACAGAAAAGUCACGCUGGUCCGAGGCAAGCCGGGCCAUCCUACAGCGCGUGCAAGCAGCCGCCUUUAGCCCUGGCCAGACCCUGCUGUCCCCAGUGCAUGUGCUGGACCUGGAACCUCGGGGCUACAUCAAGCCGCACGUGGACAGCAUCAAGUUCUGUGGAGCCACCAUCGCUGGUCUGUCCCUACUAUCUCCCAGCGUCAUGCGGCUGGUGCACACCCAGGAGCCAGGGGAGUGGCUGGAACUCUUGCUGGAGCCAGGCUCACUCUACGUCCUUAGGGGCUCAGCCCGUUAUGACUUCUCCCAUGAGAUUCUUCGGGAUGAAGAGUCCUUUUUUGGGGCGCGUCGGGUUCCCCGGGGCCGACGCAUCUCUGUGAUCUGCCGCUCCCUCCCUGAAGGGAUGGGACCAGAGGAGCCGGGGCAGCCGCCCCCAGCCUGCUGAACCCCUGGCUCUUUCCCCAGCUUCUCAGAGACACCGUGUUGGUGAAUAAAGUUGGAGUGUGGACAGAC